UUUACUUGAAGAUGAACAGCCUGAGGAGAAUUGCUGGGAUGGGCAAAGCUAAGGUUCCAUCCGUGGUUCAGAAAGACAAAGAUGAGAGCAUCGUUUUCUUCAGGGAGCUGUACAAGCGCGAGAAAGAUAGGGAUGUGAACCUCCUGGAACCAAUGUACUCCGUCGAGUUUGACGCUAUCCAAGGUGGUCAUAUGUGCAAAGUUCCGUCAGGAAAGAGAGACUUCCUCAUACCAGUGGACGAGAAACAUGACUAUGACUGGCUAAAAACUACUCCAACUACACCACUGUUUCCUUCCCUUGAGAUGGAAGCUAACUCCUCUCAAAUGGCAUUCCAAAAGGAGCUACAAGUCCCUCCUCGACAAGUUAAACCAUCAGCUUCAAGGGUCUCAGGCAAGCCAGAGGCAACCAAAACACCGGCAAGAUCAGCAUCACCUACAGCUAACUCUUCAUCUAAAAGAACCUUCGUCAAAGGCGUUCCAGCCAUAUCCAAAGAGAGGAAACAAACUCACACCGUACAAAAGAGUUCAAACCAUAAGGUUCCGAUGAAUGGGCUGCAGAAGGCAGCUGUUUCGGCUACCCGAAGUAGUGGUGCAACGAAGAAGCACUCGGAGAGGUGUCAUGCAAGCCAAGCCAGCAACACAAGUGCGGCCAAGGGAGUGACGAACCAAGAAUUCCUUUACAAGGCACCGAAGAAUCUGAUCACAACUGGAUCGAUGUUCCGGCGCCAUGCUCCAUCGGCGGAGAAAGCUCGGGCUAAGGAUCCUGGGUCUGGCUUAGAUGCCAAAAAGGAAAAUGGCAAGGCGAGAAGACAGUCAUGUCCACCGGCUGCAACAAGGGGCGUGAAGGAGCUGCGGUUAGAGGGCAGGCAGAAUGUGCUGCCGCCGAGAGGGAAGACUGUAACUGGUAGUGGCAGUGGGUGUGUCUCUGCCUCCAACAUUAGUGGCUGUGCAGGGAAGGCAAUAUCGACGAAGGGAACAAGAACAGAUGGCAAGAGAGUGCAGAGAUCGGAGCUUGGGAGCCAGGCGUCGAAGUGAGCAUAUCGUGUAAUUUGUUUUAAGUUUUCAAAUGCCAUUUCCAGAGCUUUGAAAUUUAAUAUGGUAUCUUCCCUUGUAUUGCCAAACUUUGCUACAACAAAAUUUGGCAGAUUUAUGUCAAUCGUACAGUUGUUGCUACA